AUUCGGCUUCGUCCCCCGGCCAUGGACUUAUCUGCUCAGAGUCUCAAUUGAAAAAUUGAAGCGGCUGCCGCGAGAUGGCCGCACAACUCCUCCGCGCUCUGCCCAGUAUAGCCUUCCGCUAUAAACACUUCUCACUCAAACCACCUCCAUUGCCUCUUCUAUUCCUAAACUCGCACAGCCCCAGCUUCAAACCCACGCAACCUCCUAAACGCUGCAUUUCAACUCCUUCUGUUUCUGCUUCGUCUCCUUCUCCUUCUUCAACUGAAACACCACUUGUUGCCGCUUCCCCUAAAGUAUCUCGCUCCAUCCCUUCUCUUGAAUGGGUGAGCCGGACCGCUUUCUGCGGUGAAUUGUCAGAAGCUGAUGUGAAUAAACGGGUCAGGCUCUGCGGCUGGGUUGCCCUUCAUCGUGUUCAUGGUGGCCUCACUUUCGUUAAUCUCCGUGACCAUACCGGUGUUGUACAGAUUACGACCCUUCCCAACGAAUUUCCUGAUGCUCAUUCAACAGUGAAUGACUUAAGAGUUGAGUAUGUGGUGGCCGUAGAAGGUGUUGUUCGGCCUCGCCCAAUUGAGUCUGUCAACAAGAAGAUGAGGACUGGUGCAGUAGAGGUGGCUGCUGAGCGUGUCCAUGUUCUGAAUACUGUGAGAUCUAAGCUGCCUUUCUUAGUUACUACUGCAGAUGAUGCCAAAGAAUCUGUAAAGGAGGAAAUUCGCUUGAGAUAUCGAUGCCUUGAUUUGCGCCGGCCACAAAUGACUUCCAACAUUAUAUUGCGGCAUCAAGUGGUAAAACUCAUCCGAAGGUACCUUGAGGAUGUACAUGGUUUUGUGGAGAUUGAGACUCCAAUUCUAUCUAGAUCUACCCCAGAAGGUGCUCGGGAUUAUCUUGUCCCUUCAAGAAUUCAGCCAGGAACAUUUUAUGCCUUGCCCCAAAGUCCGCAGCUGUUCAAACAAAUGUUGAUGGUCUCUGGUUUUGAUAAAUACUAUCAAAUUGCAAGGUGUUUCAGGGAUGAAGAUCUAAGGGCAGAUAGACAACCUGAAUUUACGCAACUAGAUAUGGAGAUGGCUUUCACUCCCUUAGAGGACAUGCUCAGACUUAAUGAAGAUUUGAUUAGGAAGGUUUUCCUUGAGAUCAAAGGUGUCCAGCUACCUGACCCUUUCCCAAGGCUCACUUAUGCUGAAGCCAUGAGCCAAUACGGUUCAGAUAGGCCAGAUACUCGUUUUGAUCUUGGAUUGAAAGAUGUAUCUGAGAUAUUUUCAGAUUCCUCCUUCAAGGCAUUUGCAGAUACCUUGAAGAGUGGGGGAAUUGUUAAAGCCUUGUGUGUCCCUUCAGGAGGAAAGACAUACUCAAAUACUGCUUUGAAGAAAGGUGAUAUUUACAAUGAAGCUAUUAAAUCUGGAGCAAAGGGUUUGCCUUUCUUAAAGGUGUUAGAAGAUGGGGCAAUUGAAGGGAUUUCCCCACUGGUAUCAUGCUUGGACCACACAAAGAAAGACAAGUUACUCAAACACUUAUCUGCGGGAUCAGGUGAUCUCAUCUUGUUUGCAGUGGGUCAGCCUGCAUCAGUAAAUAAAACUUUAGAUAGGCUGAGGUUGUAUGUAGCCCAUGAUUUGGGCUUGAUUGAUCCUAUCUUCAAACCUGCAGAGAAUUUCCGAAGUCAUCAGAACCAUAAGGAACGAUGGAGUUGUUGCAGUAUUCAGUCGUCGUCUGAUUGAAGAACAUAUCAUCACAACCAACUGCAGUCACGCCGGGAUUGAUAUCACCGCUAUUAUUUAAGCCCAAAUUAGUUGAAGAAGAAGAAGAAUUUUUCAACAACAUCAAGUCAUCGGCUCUCAUCAACAGCUUUUUCUUCAACUCUUCCAAUGAAGCUUUAUACUGUUGAAGGUCCUCCAAACCCAUAUGCUCAAUUGGGUCAUCCCACCAAAAACUCCCACCGUUCUCUAACUUCGAACCUUCAAUCAAUUCCUUUCUUUUUCUCUCGACCUCUAAUUCUUUGGACACUUUAGCAUAGUGUCGGUUGUGUUGUUGAAUCUCAUGAGCACCCAGUGGGAUUUUCGGAUCAGCAACGGAUGACGAGGAGGAUGAUGAUGAUGAUGAUGAUGCCGAUCCCGUGGUAUAGCGGUUAAUAACAGCGUCAAUGUUGGGGUGACCAAAAGCAAAGACGCGCUUGCCCAAAGAAUGAACGAUGAUGGCAACUUCUGCCCCGGUCAAGACGCAAAGUUCACUUGCUUUCUUGAAGAGACCGACUCUUCGCUUGGAGAAGGUUACUUGCCUGUUGCUCAAGUUGUCUAUCUUCUUGAUCUCGAUUUUUUUUCGACCUUGGGUCGUCUUCUUCUUCAUCAUCAUGUUGUUCAUUUUCGCCUUUUUUUUUUUUUUGUCUUUUGGUGGGAUUUUGAUGAAUUAAGGGCUAGCUACAUUGCUUUGGCAUCCCAUCCUAUUAUUAUAUAAGGUUCCACCUUCCUUAA